UUGCGGGAUUCUGCUUCAGUUUUUUGUCUCAUUUUGCUUUAAAAAUUUCUCAUCUAUGAUUACUAUGCAACACAAAAAUAGAUUUAGCUACAACCAAGCUGUUAAUUACUCAUCAAUUGAAAUUUCAGGUCUAACAGAAAAUUCGAAGGAUAUUGUUGAUAAUCAUAAUGGACAAUACAUUGUUAUAGGAAAGGAUGUUCAGAAAUCCUUAUUGAGCGAAAAACGAGGUAGUGAAUUGCAUGAAUCAAGCAGAGGUCCUUAUACUUUUCGAGAUCUUGAAAGCUUGCCACCUAGAAGACAUGCUAUUACUUGGCUAUUGCCUGGAGAAGAAUUACAUUUGGACAAACGUGAGGAGCUUUGUAUGGGCUUUUUGUACCCACUUAUAUUUGACGUUGUUCUUGGUUGUAUAUCAAAAAUUGAAAAAAUCGGAUAUUACAAUGUUCGAGGAGGCUCAAAGAAUUCAAAUUUGAAGAUACAACCUUAUGGGAUUUCUAUUAAUUGCAAAGACGUCCGAAAAGUUAGAUUUUUCCUUAAAAGAGAACUUCGCAAUCGCCGAGCAUUAUUCGAUUGCCUCAAAUUAUACUCAUUUCCUAACACCAAUAGACAGCCCUUUUUUGCCAAAAAAUAUAAAGAAAAAUUUCAAUUUGAUGGUUGGCUUUUAUUUGAUGCAAAUUCUGAAUUUAUUAGACAGAAAAAAUCAAAUGAUUCUUGGCGCCCUACUCUUAUCAAUAAGGAUUAUGAUUUUGCUGGAACAUAUCCAUCCCUUCUUUUUGUACCUAGCGAAGUUUUCAAAACCAAAUCUCCGGAUGAUUUUCUUCGUUCUGUUAGCAAAUUUAGAAGCAAAAAACGAAUUCCGGUUCUCUCUUGGAUUGAUUACCGCACUUCUGCUGCUCUUGUUCGUUCAUCUCAACCACUUGUUGGAGCAUUGUCUCGCAAAUCUGCCAGUGAUGAAGAGUUGGUGGGGUUGGGGGUAAAUGGUUGGGUAGUAACAAUUUUUUGAGAUAAACGGAGCUUUAACACUAGUUUUUUCGUUUUCUAAUACAAAUUUAAAAUUUUCAACUCCAAAAAUUC